CCACGUGCUCUCUGUGUUUACCCGCGGGGCUUUCUGGGAAGCGGUGCUCAUGGUAACCAACGUAAACAACAGCCUCCCUCCUUUUCUUCCUCUUCCUCCUCCUCCUCCUUCUUCUUCUUCUUCUCGGCGCCGCUGCAGCGCCAAAGCGAGUGAAACAUGUCCAGCCCGUCUCGCCGUGAGGACCAGUACUAUGAGAAGAUCACCUCCAUCCAGCAGAGCAUGCACCAGAGGGAGAAACGGAGACUGGAACUGGAGAGGGAACUGUUUGUUUACUCCAGAUCAGAUACAAGAAUCCUGCAGAUAAAGUGUUCCAAACUGCGCAGCUAUCUCAAGGAAAUCUCAAACAGGGAAGCUCGAGCGAAAAUGAGAAACCUUGAGCUUCUGAGAGAUGUGGAGUGCAUAGAAAUUAGCAUGAAGGAAUAUAGUCCUGACCAUGGCCCCCUGCAACAACAAAAGGCUGACUUUUUCAAAAAGAUUUCAAAAUGUAUGGAAGAAAGGAAGAAAAUGGAGAAAGGGCGUGAAGCAGCAAAGAUCAAAGCUGUGCAAAGACAGCAUGUGGACAGCUCCCUCUCUCAUCAAGCUAAGCAUUCUACAACAGUCAUUUUUACGGACCAACAGACCUCCAGAGCGUCUGAUGCUGGCACCACAAGUGUACACUCACCCCAAGCAAUGCAUCGCUCACCCAAUCGCAGUGUGCACUCCCGCGAACGUCUACCAAGUGGCCUUUUGAAGGACUUCAGAGUUGGCGAAGAGGAUGCCACCAGCAACCGAACACGUUUAUCAGAUGACAUUUCAGGCUCAAACGAUUCCCCCGAUGGCUGUAAUUUGAGUGACAAACAUGAAAGAAAGAUGGCGGUGCUCCCAUCUGUGUGUGCCUUAACAGGAGCAUCUGUCAAUGUGCCUUUUGGAAGUGAUGAUGAACAAGAACCUUUACGUCUGGUGGAUUUGACUGGGCCUCAGAAAAAUCUAUCUCCCAGCAGCAGAGUCCCCACGAGGGCUAAAGAUUCCCCUUCAGAAGGCACUAAAUCCCAAGGGAUGGCUCAUCAGCCACCUAUAAUGGAGGCUGGAGGGAGAAGUCUCAGCCUUUUGAUGCCUGAAAACACUUCUGGAAAAGGAGCUCAAGAUACACCAGAUUUGAAAAUAAGCCAAGUGAUACGUGUCAGCACGCCGGGUUCUGACGUGCAGUUGUCUGAGAGCAGUGCCAGUGACCUGUCCAUUUCUCUGACACAAUCUGAGCUGGACCAGGAUCUGCCAGAGGAUGUGGAAUCCGAGAGGAAUGCCACUUCUGGAUGGAGUGAUGCUCUCAAUCAACACAGCCUAGAAUCACCCAUCCACUCUGAUGGGUCCAAGAAGACUGAAGCUGUGACCUUGGAAAGUCUCUCCCAGGAAGGAAUCUUUAAUCUGCUAGACAGCAUCGAAGGACGACUCCACGGUGAAUGGACCCGCUUGUAUGGGGAUUCUUCAAUUGAUGGAAGACAACUCAAUAGACUUAUCGGCCUUUGCAACGUCGGAGCGGGCUUGAAUGACGAGGACCUUGGAGCAUGUGGAGCCGUUGUCCUUCAUGAACUUCAGAGGUUGUCAUGGAGCACGGCGAAGGGCUGCCUACUAUCACAGGAUCUAGUGAGUUCUCACCAGUCAAGCUCUGAUCCUAAUGAAAUAAGCGCCAGCCUCCCUCCUGAUGCCGCUCGGCUGUGGGAUCGCUGGUUCAAGCACGCCCUUCUGCUCAAGGAGCGCCGUGUCCUCAACACUGAACGCUUGGUCCAGCUGUUCACGCCGCUGCUGCUGGAGCGCCAUGCCUCCUACAGCCACCAGGCCAAAGUGCUGCUGAGGACACUUCUGUCCCGGUCCAGUGAGGAGUGCCCCUCAGCUGAGGACGAGAGCGACUUGUCUUCCUCGUGUGAUUCUCCUUCCCUCCCAGUUGACAGUCAUGUGAAACCCGCCAGGUCAGCACAACAGCAACAGAUUCAAGAACUACAAAGUGCUGAAGAGGACAGCCAGGACGAAAGCCCUGUGGAAAGUGUUCCUAUUAGAGAGACAAAAGCAUAUCAGUUACUUAAACAAUCAGCCAUGCAGGAAGGGCAGCAGAGCUCUGAAGAGGAGGAGGAGGAGGUGGAUGGCCUCUCAGGAAUAAAUCACGGCCAUGAAGAGGACCUGGGGAGGGCCAAACGCUCCUCACAUCAAGACCCUUACCCCGGGACAGAAAAGACUAACUCAAAGGCUCAUUCUGCUAUACAGUCAAAAGCUCUCUGGGGGGAAUCCGACGACAGCUACUCAGAGAUUGAAGCAGCCUUACGCCCUCAACCUUUCAACACAAACAAUGAUGACAUUGAUGACUUCUAUGAUUGAUAUUGCCCCGGAGAUAUUUUUUUAAAUGCACUACAAAAUUCCAGGCAGUUUGGCUCCCAGUAAUUCACCCCCUGACCACCAUUUUAGUGGUCGGCAUUGUAAAUCAUAUGCGUACUGUAUCGUAAAAACAAAUAAUAAAGUUGACAGCUCUCACGCUGGGUAAAGUACGUGAAGAGUUGUCCAACACUCUGAUGUUAA